UCUUCCUGGCUCACAGACGACGCUCUGUCCGAACCCGCUUUUCCAACCCUCGACUCUCCUGUCCUCCUCUCAGUCUCUCGUCGCAAUGGCAGCGGUUUGCAGGACUCUCAGGAAAGCGUGUCAACACUCCCGCCAUCAACUGUGUCAGCUCCACACGUCCGCCUCGAGGCAGGAGGCCGUGGUCAUCUCAGGAAAGAAGCUGGCACGUCAGAUCCGGGACGAGGCGCGGGCCGACGUGGAGAAGUGGAUGAUGGCCGGACACAGGAGGCCUCAUCUCAGCGUGGUUCUGGUCGGAGACAACCCGGCCAGUCACUCCUACGUCCUCAAUAAGACCAGAGCGGCCGCCGAUGUCGGAAUCUCCAGCGAGACCAUCCUCAAGCAUUCCGACAUCAGCGAGGAAGAGUUACUGGACCUGAUCUUCAAACUCAACACAGACCACCGUGUGGACGGCCUGCUGGUGCAGCUUCCUCUGCCGGACCACAUUGACGAACGCACCAUCUGCAACGCCGUGUCCCCCACCAAGGACGUGGACGGCUUCCACGUGGUCAACGUGGGCCGCAUGUGCCUGGAUCAGUCCACCAUGUUGCCCGCCACUCCCUGGGGGGUGUGGGAAAUCAUCAAACGCACAGGUAUCCCCACGCUGGGGAAGAACGUGGUGGUGGCAGGGCGCUCCAAGAACGUGGGCAUGCCCAUCGCCAUGCUGCUGCACACGGACGGCCGCCACGAGAGACCAGGAGGCGACGCCACAGUCACCAUCUCGCAUCGAUACACGCCCAAGGAACAGCUCAGGCAACACACGCAAAUAGCGGACAUCGUUGUGGCGGCUGCAGGAAUUCCCAACCUCAUCACGGCAGACAUGAUCAAAGAGGGAGCGGCCGUCAUUGACGUGGGCAUAAACCGGAUCCAGGAUCCAGUCACUGGGAAAAGCAGACUGGUCGGAGACGUGGAUUUUGAAGGUGUCAGACAGAAGGCGAGCUUCAUCACGCCGGUCCCGGGAGGCGUGGGGCCGAUGACGGUGGCCAUGCUCAUGAAGAACACCAUCAAAGCAGCCAAGAACGUUCUGCUCUUUCCACCCGAGAGGAUCCGCAUGGCGGCCGCGUCUUAAAGGGCCAGCGAGGGGAGUUGAAUCCCGGCAACAUUCCACCACAUACAACAUCCCCACCUCUCGUCGCCCUCAGAUUUUUUUUUUUUGUUUCCCCUCUUGCACACGGACUGGAAGGCUGACCUUUCCACACAUGCAGCCAUGUUGGACUGUUACACUGACCAUCUGUAACAGAAUCUUCAGUAUUUAUCAAUUGCUGUUGACCUCCUUCUGGAUGAAUUUGGGACUUUUUAACGGGAUCAUGAGAGUGUUUUUAUUUAUUCAUUGUUACAUAAUAAUAUUUAAGCCAUGUUCAUGGCAGGGCGUGAGGGCGGCGUUCACCUGGCUGGUCGGCAGUGAGAGCAAAGCGGUGCAAUUUAGAGUUGUUGAGCCUAAUUGGGAGCAGGAGUGACAAGGGCUAACUUGAUCAGGACUUUGUUCACCAGUAAUACAAGCUUUAAAGAUUCACUAAUGCCUUUUUGUUUCAAAAAGACUUUGAAAUAAAUACAACUAUGUUCUCAA